AUGGGCCAGGAAGCUACCCCUCCGGUCCCGGAGGGCAUCUUUUCCCUUCUGGAUACCGAUCUCUACAAGCUGACAAUGCAAUGCGCGAUCCUGAAGUACUUCCCUGAUGUUUAUGUGACCUACGGCUUCACGAAUCGCACCCCGCACAUGAGAUUGCGACGCGCGGCCUAUAAAUGGCUUCUGAGGCAGAUGGACAAGCUUCCCAAUGUCCGUGUCACCGCCGAAGAACGCGCAUUCCUCAGGCGCAAGUGUCCCUACCUUAACGACGACUACAUUACCUUCCUCGAGACCUUCCACCUCAAGCCCGCCGAACAAGUCGAGAUCAAGUUCACCCCCACGCAAGACACAGGAAGCGACGAUGAUGAGGGCAAUGUGGAAUACGUCAUCAAGGGACUAUGGCUUGACACGAUCCUCUACGAGAUUCCCCUGUUGGCUUUGACCAGCCAGGCCUACUUCAUGUUUAGCGAUACCGAGUGGGACUAUGAGCAGCAAGAGGAGAAGGCAUUCCGGAAGGGAUGCACUCUGCUGGAAAACGGCUGUGUGAUCUCCGAAUUCGGCACUCGCCGCCGUCGCGACUACCACACUCAGGAUUUGGUCAUGCAAGGACUCUGUCGCGCUGCUGCUGAGGGCAAGAAGCAUGACUGGAAGGGCGCUUUAACUGGCACAAGCAAUGUGCACUUUGCGAUGAAGUACGACACCAACGCUGUGGGUACUGUCGCCCACGAGUGGUAUAUGACCAUUGCGGCCAUCACGGACGACUACGAGAAUGCCAAUGAAUUGGCUUUGCAAUACUGGCUUGGAUGCUUCGGAGAGGGAGUUCUCGGCAUCGCCCUUACCGAUACCUUCGGAACACCUGCGUUCCUGAAGGCCUUCCGCAAGCCCAUCUCAGCACCUGUCGCCGAUCCCACCGCCUCAGCCACCAGCGGCGAGGACCGGACCUUCGCGGAUGUCUAUACUGGUGUUCGUCAAGACUCCGGUGACCCGACCUACUUCGUCAAGAUGGUUCGUGAGUUCUACGACCGCGAAGGAAUCACGGACAAGAAAGUCGUCGUCUUCUCCGACUCCCUGGAUAUCGCACACUGCCUGGAGUACAAGUCCAUCGCCGAGGAAGCCGGUUUCAACCCUACUUUCGGCGUGGGAACCUUCUUCACCAACGACUACGUGAACAAGUCAACCGGAGAAAAGUCCAAGCCUCUGAACAUCGUUAUCAAAAUCUCCACCGCCAACGGCCGACCAGCCGUCAAGCUUAGCGAUAACCUGGGCAAGAAUACCGGUGAUCAGGAGAAGGUCCAGGAAGUCAAGAAGAAGCUCGGUUACAUCGAGCAGGAGUGGAAGGAGGGCGACGAGAGCAAUCGUUGGACCAAGAAAUGA